AUGGCGCCACAUACAAACACCAAGUAGCUAGCGAUCAAUCAUUCAGGAGCCCGGCAAUCACCGCUUCUCCUGCUCCACAGCCAUGGAUAAGGCCUACGUGGCCGUCCUCACCUUCGCCUUCCUCUUCGUGCUCCACUACCUCGUCGGCCGCGUUGGAGGGAGCGGUGCCAAGGGACAUGGCAAGGGGAAGGCGGCGCGGCGGCUGCCGCCGAGCCCCCCGGCCGUCCCGUUCCUCGGCCACCUCCACCUCGUCAAGACGCCGUUCCACGCGGCGCUGGCGCGGCUCGCCGCGCGCCACGGCCCGGUGUUCUCCAUGCGCAUGGGCUCCCGCCGCGCCGUGGUGGUGUCCUCGCCGGACGCCGCCAAGGAGUGCUUCACGGAGCACGACGUCGCCUUCGCCAACCGCCCGCUGUUCCCCUCGCAGAAGCUCGUGUCCUUCGGCGGCAACUCGCUCUCCAUGGCCAGCUACGGGCCCUACUGGCGCAACCUCCGCCGCGUCGCCGCCGUGCAGCUCCUCUCCGCGCACCGCGUCGCCUGCAUGUCCCCCGUCAUCUCCGCCGAGGUGCGCGCCAUGGUGCGCCGCAUGGACCGCGCCGCCGCGGCCGCGCCCGGGGGCGCCGCGCGCGUCCAGAUGAAGCGGAGGCUGUUCGAGCUCUCCCUCAGCGUCCUCAUGGAGACCAUCGCGCGGACCAAGACGUCCCGCACCGAGGCCAACGCCGACACGGACAUGUCGCCCGAGGCGCACCAGUUCAAGCAGAUCGUCGACGACGUCGUGCCGCACCUUGGCACGGCCAACCUGUGGGACUACCUGCCCGUGCUGCGGUGGCUCGACGUGUUCGGCGUGAGGAACAAGCUCGUGGCCGCGGUGAACCGAAGGAAUGUGUUCCUGCGGCGGCUCAUCGACGCGGAACGGAGGAGGGUGGACGGUGGCGGCGACGACAGCGAGAAGAAGAGCGUGAUUGCCGUGCUGCUCUCUUUGCAGAAGUCGGACCCGGAGGUCUACACGGACACCACGAUCAUGUCGCUGUGCGCGAAUUUGUUUGGCGCCGGGACGGAGACAACGUCGACCACGACGGAAUGGGCCAUGGCGCUCCUGCUGAACCACCCGGAGAAGCUCCAGAAGGCGCAGGCCGAGAUCGACGCGGCCGUGGGCACCUCCCGUCUCAUCGCCCCGGACGACGUGCCGCGCCUAGGCUACCUCCAGAGCAUCAUCAACGAGACGCUCCGGCUCUACCCGGCGGCGCCGCUGCUCCUGCCGCACGAGUCCUCCGCCGACUGCACGGUGGGCGGCUACGACGUGCCCCGUGGCACGAUGCUGCUCGUGAACGUCUACGUCAUCCACAGGGACCCGGCGGUGUGGGAGGAUCCGACCGAGUUCAGGCCGGAGCGCUUCGAGGACGGCAAGGCCGAAGGCCGGCUGCUGAUGCCGUUCGGGAUGGGGCGGCGCAAGUGCCCCGGCGAGACGCUCGCGCUGCGGACGGUCGGGCUGGUGCUCGGCACGCUGAUCCAGUGCUUCGACUGGGACAGAGUCGACGGCGCCGAGGUUGACAUGACGGAGAGCGGCGGGCUGACCAUCCCCAUGGCCGUUCCGCUGGAGGCCAUGUGCAGGCCUCGGGGAGCUAUGCGUGAUGUCCUUGAGGAGCUCUGAAGUCGCCAUGCUGGAAGCUUUCUUCUAUAGUGAGUAGCAGUGCGCAUAGACGACAGUGUGUCUACGGCACCAAAUAAGCUUAUUAUGAGCAGAUCAAGUUAUAUUCCUUCAAUUAUGUGAGUAGAGGGUUUUGUAUGAACAACUAGUGGCUGUUUGAAUGUAGAUGGGUUAGCAAUUUUUGUGAUCUUCCGCAGAUUGUCUUUGUAUAAUUAUUAGGGCAAUACAAUACAAAGUGAUUUGGUAUGGGAGUUUUGAGAA